AUGCAGAACACUGCCCACACUGGCGGAGCUCUGGUCAUGAGUGGAGGAACAGAGAAGAGAGAGGGAGAAGUUGUGGGGCAGCGCGCACAGGGCAGCCCAGGCUCCUCCUCGCCCCCCCCCCAACCAAGUGUGGCCCGCUCCUCAGGGACUCGAUCCUUUGAGUCUGAACGAGAAACAGCUGGACUUUGCGGCUCCGAAAGGACCCCGGUCAGAAUUUACUGGAAGAGCGCUUCACCUCCAUCCAACAUGCGACCCAUCCCAUCCAGACUCAGCUAUCUGUUUCUACACUUGUUUGCAUUUUGCUACUAUGCUCAGGUAACCAAUCAGUCCCCGCCUAAUUUCACGCAGCAUGUAAGCGAGCAGAGCAAAGUGACGGACCGCAUGAGCCGCAGGUUGAUCCGGAUCUACCAGCUGUACAGCCGGACCAGCGGCAAGCACGUCCAGGUCCUGCCCAACAAGAAGAUCAACGCCAUGGCCGAGGAUGGAGAUGUGCACGCUAAACUCAUUGUGGAAACUGACACAUUUGGGAGCCGAGUGCGCAUAAAGGGGGCUGAGACAGGCUUCUACAUCUGCAUGAACAAGAGGGGGAAGCUCAUCGGCAAGAAAAAUGGACAAGGCCGUGACUGUAUCUUCACUGAGAUUGUUCUGGAGAACAACUACACGGCGCUGAGGAACGCCCGCUACGAGGGCUGGUACAUGGCCUUCACCAGGCGCGGACGGCCAAGGAAAGGCUCGCGGACGCGCCAGCACCAGCGCGAAGUCCAUUUUAUGAAGAGGUUGCCGAAGGGACAGCAGCCCGCCCACCCGAGCCAUCCCCGGCCUUUUGACUUCAUCCACUACCCCUUCAGUCAAAGGACUAAACGCACACGAUACUCGUCAGAGCGCUGAGGAGGAGGAAGAUAGAAAAGACAGAGAGAGAAAGAGGAGAAACUGACAGACUGACUGAAGUAGCAGCAGCUGACACAUUCCUCUGCUCUCCACAAAAAACCUCGAGACAUUUUUUAUACUGAGCAUUACUAUAUCUUAAUAUGUAGUUUGUUUUCUAUUUUCUCAAAGAAAAAAAAACUGUACAUAGACAAAAAAAGAGAAAUCUAUUUUUGUACUCCAGACUUUUAGUACUGACCUAUGUAAAAAAAAAAAAAAAAGGAAAAAAAAGAAAAGUAAAGUUUGAUUUUAGAUGCACAUAACUCAUUGUCUGACUUGUCGGGGAUAUCUUAAUGGAGUGCAUUGUGUUGUUUUUUAUGUCAUUUUGACCAGUGGAGUCAUUUUUUGGACUCUCACCUGCUGCUCAAGGAGACUUGAAGGGCCCUGAUUGACCGCACUGCCAGGGAACGCUGCGUUCAGAGACACAAACUGUCACACACUGCGUAGGAGAGUGCCAGGGUCAGCAAACACUGCAUAGGCACGUGAUGUUAUCGCUGCAGUGUUGAAGCUUUUUGCUAGAUGCUGCCUCCUGACUGGGUUCAUUCUGUAUCUUUCUCACACAGUUCAAGCAAACAGAGCUUUAACGGCUUCUAAUGGAAGAAUGUGGCAGCUACAUUUGAUAAUCACAGGUUUCCUGUUCUGACUGUAAUGUUGAUGUGUACAAAAUGUAUUGAAGUGUAAGGAACCCCUCAACACACCCACUACCCCAUGUCCACUUGUGUUCUUGUUGCCCCCUUAAUGUCUGUUUUUAUACAUAU